AUAAAAAUGACCCCCAGACUGUUUGCUUCUGUGUUUUUGUGCCUCAUCUGAAGUCUUGACCAGCAUGGAGUGUGGGCAGCGGUUAAAGUGGUUAAUACUUGCACUGAUAUGUCCUCUCAUUGCAGGUGCUCCAUCCAGAGAUAGUUCAUGUCCCGAAGAAAAUCUGAACAUUACAGGAGGGAGUUUUACUCUUUCUAAUGGCUAUUCAGAUGGGAGUUAUCUGACAUACAUUUGUCCGGAUGGAUAUUACCCAUCUAUUCCAACACGUCGUUGUCAGUUUGGACUUUGGACCCCAAAUACCAGCACCAGAAAAAAAGCUGAGUGCAAAAAAAUCACAUGUCCUACUCCUCGUGUUUUGGAGAACGGAGAGGUGGCUCCAUAUCAAGAGAGGUACUAUAUAAAUGAGGUAACCACUUAUUCGUGUAAUCCUGAUUAUAAAUUCCGAGGCUCGAAGGUCCGGGUUUGCCAGUCUAAUGGGAAGUGGAAUGGAAGCACGCCAAUCUGUGAACGUGACUCUGAUCACUGUCCUGAUCCUGGCGUUCCCCCUGGUAGCAGUCGAACAGGCAGCACAUUUAACAUUGAUGAUGAAGUCACGUACCACUGUGAUAGUCCAUUGACCCUGAUUGGUUCCAAAGUGCGUAAGUGUCAGGAUGGUGGCCAGUGGUCAGGAACAGAGCCACAGUGCUACGCUGAUUUCACAUACGACACUGCAGCAGAAGUAGCUAAAGCUUUCGGCAAUUCUCUGAAGACAAUGCUCACAGUUCAACAAGAGUCUGAAGACGAUCACCAUGGGAAGAAAAUUUAUUUGAAUAAGGGUGGAAAACUUGAUAUCUACAUUGCUGUGGAUGUGUCUGACAGCAUAAAUGAUUUGAAAAAAGCAAAACAAAUUAUUAAAACGCUCCUAGAAAAGAUAAGUUAUUAUGAGGUUUCUCCAAGCUAUGAGAUCCUGAUGUUUGCUACAGAUGUUUAUCAGAUAGUUAAGAUGAGGGACUUCAAAACUGAGGAAGUUGCAGGAAGCCUAUCUAAAGUUUUUGAGGAUUUGGACAAAUUUGAUUUUGACAAAAAAUUGGAUCAAAAAAGCAGUAAUAUUGCCAAACUUUAUCAGACCAUUUUAGACAGCAUGUCUAACGAGCAAAUCAGGAAUAAAGAAGACUUUCUUCAGACCAAACACGUUGUCAUCGUGUUUACUGAUGGCCAAGCUAACAUGGGAGGGAAUCCCAAACCUAAAGUGCACCUAAUAAGGAAUCUUGUCUUAAAAAAUGAUGCAAAUCGAGAGAAUAAACUUGAUCUUUAUGUAUUUGGAGUUGGAAAGGAUGUAAGGACAGAAGACCUGAAUGGCUUAGUGUCAGAGAAGGAGAAUGAAAGACAUUUCUUUAAACUUCAAGACUUGGACGAGAUGAAUGAUCAGUGAGUGGCGUGACCUUAUGGAGGCCAGGCAUGAGUACUGGAAUGUUUUGUUCAUCUUCUGUUCCUAUUUUUAACAUUAGUUGUGUCACAUUGUAAACAAAAAGUGUUUAUAUAUUACAAGAUGUGUUUACAAUGAAUGACGGUGAAUAUAAAAAUAUUUUUCUGCUUUGACUCAAA